AUGAAUGAUUCCCUACAAAUGAUCCAGCUGUUGCUUUUUAUGGCAGUGUUGGUCCCAACCGUAAUGCCAUUCUCCCCGUCACCGUCCCUUCAACCUUCCUCAUCAUGUCCUCAUCGCUCACACCUGAACUUCAAUGGUCUGUAUGCCAGUGAUAAUAAUGAUAAUGAUGACGACAACAAUUUGAUAGAAAACGAACAAGGUGAACAAAAAGCAGAAUUUGGGGUUUCUUACAUUGGCGGUGAUCCAUGUGGGAGCAAAUAUAAUAAUGACCCGUUCGAUGUUCAAGUGCAAAAGCCAGGUAUGCCCGAUGACAUGAAGGCUCGUAUUCAAGCCUUGGUGGACAAAAAGGUUGCAGAAGAAAAGGCUGCAGCAGAUGCAUCUUCGCAAAGCGAGUCGUACUGA